AUGCAAUGGUACAAUGACCCAGUUGCGUCGUCUGGGAAUCAAUAUCGGCCUGGCAAGAGCGCGCCUCGACUGUUGCAGGACUUGUCGGUGCAUGAGAUUGGCGGUCUCAUCCUUCCCAGCUUUCCCGAAACGCUACUUGGUCCAGGUCAUCAAGGCCCGCGCCAUGAAUGGAUAGCUGAUCUCCCAGCUGAUGGCAAGUGGGAAGAGGGUAAGCCGCUCAGUGCAUGUUGCUGGCGGACGCGAAUGCAUGCGAGCAUGCUGCUCGAGUACCCUGACAAUGCCGAGCGAUCAGAAAGCUGUAAAGUACAUGGCAAGCUACACCACUUCCAGCUUGACGACGGGGAGACAGUACUAGCGACUGACUCGUAUGGCAGGUAUGAGAAACUGGCAUAUCGUUGCUCUCGUGGUCAGUGUCGUGCUCAACUUCUGAUUCAAUUGCGCAAGUCUGAGCUGAGCCAAGCAAUCAUCGACGAUGUGCUCGCCAUCCGGCCUCUAGCAACUUUUGCCUCAGGGCCUCCAUCCGCCGACACCCCAUCAAGAUUCUCUACACUCAUGGCACUUGAAUACUUUCUCAGGCAUACAGCUGGGUUCCAGUCAUCGCCAGCCUUACCGAAACCUCGGGAGAUUUCUGUGAAACCUGGAAGUCACUUCAUGAAGCGUGUCGGACGCGAGCCAGAGAUUUUGGCGCUCAUGAAGGCGCUGAGAUUCAGCCUCAGGCCCGCUGAUUGGGAUGGCAAGUCUUAUGUAGACGAAAGCGAGAUCGUGCACGAGAUGGACGAUGCAAAUGAAGAUGAAGCGAUUGAAUGGCUUUACUUUCCACCUGACCCAAGACAGCCCGGCAUUCGUGAUUUCCUGCGUCGUCUGCGCUUAGAAAUGCAGACCUUGGCAAUGUCAGCCAAAGUAGCUUCGCCACGGGAUCCCUUCACGCACAGCACAUGGAAUGUUUCGCAUGAACGCGCUGAAGCACGCUGGCUUAUCCUCAUGGAGGCCGAAGAACGCUUCUAUACAAAGGAGGCUGUCCCUUGGAUGCACGAUACGAACUCUCCAGAAGAGCUAGCGUAUGCCAAACUUGGCAUUACAGCAGCGUUUCACGACUCGGCCAUUCUUGAUUUUUACGAGUUGCAAACUUGUGCCGAUCAACGCAACCGCUCCUGGUACCUAAGUGCACUCGAGGCUAUCGCAACACAGCGCAAAAGCGAAGCUCUUCAGAUGGAGAUGACCCAGCAACGGUCGAUGGGAGUCUACACCAGGCAAGACUUGGCCAGAUCAUAUGCGUGCUUACAAUCCAUCGCUUCAGAUGACGAUGAGACGCUGAUUAACAUUGCUGCAUCUUACAUGCUCGACGAUGAAAAUGAAUCGAUGACGCGCCGCGUUCGCGACGCCCUUGCUAUCAUUGCCGAAGAGCGGGACUCUUCAGUCAUACGCAAGUAUCUCAAUGCGCCUCAGAAGGAUUUCGCAGACAUCACGUCUGCUCUACAAUACCUAGGAGCUGAGGCAGAGACGGACGAAGAGAUGCUCAUGUUCCUUUACAAUGAUCGGAAAGACACCAAUGAGCAAUUGGCGAGGUCAGCACUUUCGACCAUUGCAGACGAGCGUCAAAGUACGCGACUUCGGCGCUUCCUUGAUCUUGGUGAAGACGUCCCACUACCGAGUGUUAGGUUCACUUUGCCAGAAGCUGCAAACGUCAACAAAGCGAUUGAGGAUUCUGAGCUUGAAGUCCUAGACCCAGACCUCGCUUACAGCCGCCUUGGCGUCGAUGAUAAGUCUGUGGACGAUGAUAUGUUGCUAGCUUUGUUUGAGAUUCGCCAGCUUGACGACCCUGACUCUGCGGCUGCGCUUCGCAAAGCUCUUGAGGUGAUUGGAGAUGUGAGAAGAUCUGCGACGAUCCGAGGAUUUCUCUCUGGUGACAAGACAACAGUCGAGGCUUAUCAGGCGCCAGAAGCCUCUCUUGAUCGUCCUGUAGGCAUGGAGAAUAUCGGCAACACAUGCUACCUCAAUUCCCUGCUGCAGUAUUACUUCACAAUCAAACCACUGCGAGAGGCUGUAUUGCGCAUGGAAGAUUUUGCUGAACAAGAGCUCACGGAUGCAGUUCUCGCGCAGAAGAAAGUGGGAGGACGUCGCGUAACAAGAGAAGAAGUUGAACGUGCUCUUCGCUUCAUGCGAGAAUUACGAACACUCUUUCUUGGUCUCAUCACCUGCAAGGAAGCCAGCUUAAAGCCUUCAAAAGCAGUUUGCUUUCUCGCUCUCGUUAGCUCACGUGAUGAAGUCAAGGCAGCUGAAGACGAUGUAUUGGAAGGAGUCAGUCCGACUCGCCUUGUCAAAGGCACCGGCAUAAAUUUGCCCGUGACGGACAGCAACCAGAUGGUGCUCUUCAAGUCUCCCUCACCUUCUAUCCCUAUCGAUCCCUCGUUCUCCGACACAGUGAUGGGUGAAGACUUAGAAAUAUCAAGUCCGACCUUGUCUGCGCGCUCCCCGAAACGCAAGCUCAUCACACCGCCCUCAGAAGGCGAUUUACCAGCCGCUGCACGUCCGCGGGCCAAUUCAACCGAGCCUAUGGAUACCGAAGAGGACAUCAUUGAUCAAUCGGCCAGCACAUUAGUGUCAGACCACCCGCCUUCAUUGUUAGAUAUGGGUACACUUGAUGCAGGUAUUCCUUUGGUGGACGAUCACGGUCUACCUCCUGCAUAUCAAGACGUUUGGGAAGAUAUUGGAACAGACGAGGCGAAAUUGUCCAGCAAGGCUGAUCCACUACCGAUCGUGCCUCCACGCAUUCCAAAGAGAACAAAGUCCUCCUUGCUAUGGUCCAAUUCGAGUGAUUGGGGCAAACAGCAGGACGUUGCUGAAUGCAUCGACAACGUCCUGUUCCAGUUGUCCGCAGCUUUGAAACCGUCGAGAGGUCACCAUCCCGUUGACGGAGAACAAAUGGAUCUCGUGAAGGACUUGUUCUUUGGUGUGACGCGACAACGAAUCAGUAUUGCUGGCAACGAGCCAAAAGAAGAACGCUUUAGUAACACCAUUGUCAACUUGGAGCACGACGGGCAGUCUCUGUACGAUGCUCUUGAUGCGGUCUUUGAUGCCCGUCCUGUGGAGCUCGAUAACAAGCAAGUGUACCUCACUUCUCUUAUCGCCGAGGCGCCGACAUUGUUUCAAGUUCAGAUUCAGCGAGCAGACUUUGACAGGACAACCAUGCAAGCCAUUAAGAAGAACACCUAUCUGAAGCUCGACGAGACAAUCUACCUCGACCGCUAUAUGGACACGGAAGACGCGGACUUGCAAGCGCUGCGCGUCCAAUACGCCGAGCGCAAGCGAGAGCUUUCCAAUCUUCGUACAGAACGCACAAAUCUAUUGGCAAUCAAAGAGAAGCGAAAGGCUGCAGAUGAGGCUGCCAAGAUUGAAGUUGCAAAGGCAGCAGCACCAGUGCAAUCAGCGUAUACAGAUCACGACUGGAUUGCUUCAGCGCGAGAGGUAGCAUCUGAUGAUGGAAUUGACGAUGCACACAUGCAAAACAGUGGUAUACUCGAUGUCGAUGCGCCCGGUCACAGGUCGGAGUCGGGUCGCCACGGCUCUGUACACGAGCUGGCUCAAGCAGGUGACAGUGCGUCAGUCAUUCGCGAAUUGCCAGACGAAGUGCCAGAGACGCAGCACUUGGAAUCCGUGCAAGAGGCGGAGGCGGAGACAGAGCCACUACCAAGUCUGGAAGAAUUGGACGAUCUGCUCGAAACCAACGAAGCUCAGAUCAUGACCCUCUCAGCAGCGGCCUUGUCCAUCUUUGACGAUGUGCCUGCUGAUGAACAGCAGAUUCAUGAUGCACCACCAAAAGAUCUUCUAGACUUCUCUUCUGAUGCUCCAGCGGAUAAGCCUAUUACGACGUCACAUCGGCAGCAUGCCUACCGGUUGUCCUCUGUCUUUAUGCAUCGCGGUGCCGCCGACCACGGACACUAUUGGAUUUUCAUCUAUGAUUUUGCCAACGCCAAGUGGCGCAAGUACAACGACGAGGCAGUGACGGAAGUCACAGCAGAUGAGGCGGUACACCGUAACUUGACUGGAAUGACAGAAAACCCUUACAUGUUAACGUACAUCAGGGCAGAUGCGGUGGAUCGUAUCAGUCAAGCGCUAGUGCGUGACUGGAAUGUUGAAGCGGACAGCCUGAUAUGA